AUGAAUUUCGGCGGGUUUGCUUCUCGUCCUCGGCGACGAGUAUUUCCGAAUAGUGCAUAUGCGGUGUGUGAAGUGAUCUUUGAAAAAGUCAUCAAGUUCAAAGAUUGUGUUAAGAGUACUUUCAAUAGCUUGUUCGGUAUUCCGGAUUCGCCUCCGAGCUCUUACGUUCCAACGCCCGUACAAUCUCGUGCCCCAACACCGGGUCCAAGUGCCUCGCCAAUACGUUUCGAGACACUGAGUUCUAUAAGCAGCGGCUCGCCGAAUCCUUCGCCAUCACUCAACAAAUUCGAAAGAAUUAAGAGAUUGUCUAAGAAGAUUGUCUCGCCGAAACACAGCAACAAGUAAUAAAUCCCACGAAGCACAGUACGAACCGAUAAUUGACCGGAUCGCCGUCGACACGUUUCGAGCACUCCUGCCGUGACGCAAGUUUACGUGUUUAAAAAUAGUCGAGCAAAGACAUUGCAAAGCGCAUUGUCAGCGUUCAGUAGCAUAAUAGAAGAUAACCUGCGUAGUCCAUAUUAUUUCAUUGUCCAAGUGAUUCAUUUGAACAAACAUGAUUUUGUUGUUGUUGAUUGUUGCACUCCUAAUCACCAAGCCAUCAUUGCGCGAAGCAAUUCAAGCGGCCACAGCGCAUAUAUGGUGGAAGAGCAGCCUCGGCACCAGGACUUCCGUUAA